CAAUUCCAAGCCCAAUUCCAAUUUCCAAAAACCGAAACGUAUUCCAAUUGCAGCGCGUCGUCUUCCAAGUGCUGUGCGUGUUUUAUUUUUCUCAAGUGUCGCUCGAAAAAUAUUUAAAAUACAAAUUAUUUUACCAUUUUUUUUUUACAUUAAUAUUUAAAUAAAAAAAACAGUGUAAAAAAUUUAAAAAACAGUUUAAAAACUUUGCUGCUUUUCAAGAUGCGCCGACAUUUGUCCGGAGGUCCCACCGUCAAACUGUGGACAAUGCUGAUCGGAUUGACAACAAUAUUGCUGCUUCCUCUGAGCGUGCUCGGUCAUGGACGUCUGAUGGAUCCGCCGGCGAGGAAUGCGAUGUGGCGCUUCGGUUACCCGAAUCCCGUCAACUACAAUGACAACGAGCUCUUCUGCGGCGGCUAUGCGGUCCAAUGGGAGCAGAACAGCGGACGUUGCGGUGUCUGUGGCGAUGCCUAUCACGUGAAGUCGCCACGACCCCAUGAAGCCGGUGGCGAGUAUGCCAAGGGAAUUAUCUCCCGAUACUAUACGGCCGGACAGGAGAUCGAUGUCGAGGUCGAGCUGACGGCCAAUCAUUAUGGUCGCUUCGAGAUGUAUCUGUGUCCGAACAAUAAUCCGCGACAGGAGGCCACUCAGGAGUGCUUCGAUCGCUAUCCGCUCUUCAUUUCCGGCAGUCGCGAACAUCGUUUCCUCAUCCCGAGGGACACCAAGAAGAAGGACAUUUUCCGGUAUCGUGUGCGUUUGCCCGCCUAUGUCACCUGCACUCAGUGUGUCCUCCAAUGGACUUACUACACGGCCAACAUGUGGGGCACUUGCUCCAAUGGCACCGAGGCUGUUGGUUGCGGCAAGGCGGAGACAUUCCGCAAUUGUGCGGAUAUUGCGAUCAUCUCAAAUACGGGAGGCGGGGUGCCGCCCAUUUUCAUCAACAACAAAUCACCAUAUCUGCUUUAUUAUCGCGACUAUCGGGCGCCAGAGGACAACAAUGUGUUCCCACUGAUUGUGCGAGAUCAAAAGUGCAUUGGUGCCCCGCCUUUCCGUGCAUUGCCCGGCAUUGACAACUGGUGCGAGAUCAAUUGCCUGCGCUAUCCCCCAAACUGCCCUGAAACAGCUUGCCACUGCCCACAAGAGUGUGUGGCUAUUGGUGAGCUGGAGGGUCGUGAGGGAGCCGAUACCUAUUGCAUGGAUCAAUGUCUCAACUACAAGUCCGAAUGUCCGCGCGAUAGAUGUCGCUGUUACUAGAUAGAUAGAGAGAGAGAGACAGCAAUCAAUGGAGACGUAGACAGAGACGGAUUGAGAGAUAACACCCCAAAACUAUGAAAGCUGUGCUGCCCCAUUUGCCACGAACGAGAACGAGAACGAGAGAAGAAGACAAGAAACCGAAAUGAGAAACAGAAUAUUUUAUCUUUUUU